UCAGCAGGCGCGCGGUGAGCGAGCCUAGCACCAGUCGUGUUGUAACGUGUUUGAAACUUGAGUGGCUGAUAUUUACCGAUAGGUGGCGCGCGAGCGGCCGAACGCUGGUAUAAAUCAAGGACGACCACCGCAUGCAGUCAUUACUACUGUUCGCUUCGUCCUGUUCACAUCAUGUUUAACCCCGACCGUUACCCUGUGCCUCUCCCUCGGCUUCUUCCAGUUCACUCCAAGAUGUCCUAUGCUUUCUGUGACAUGCAAAUGCUUAGGGAGGCAAGUGGGCAGUAUGUCAUUAAAGAAUUUAGCAUCUAUGACCCCUACUUUAAUAAAAGCUACACGGAGAUAUUUGCUCCGCCUUAUCCAGCCGACUGGCUCCCACCCAAACAGCGCAAACAAAAUGACUACAUUACGAAGCGCAUUCACGGCAUCACGUGGGAACAGGGCACACUGCCAUACUCAGAGUGUCACGACUACAUUAAAAUGGUGACAAGUAUCUAUGCCGAUCUGUAUGUCGAAGGAGAUGAGAAGAGGGCAAUCCUACAGAAUAUAGUGUCCCAUGCACGUAUCACAGACAUUGGUGUACUGGGAUGUCCACGCCUGGAUACCCUACCUAAACUGCCAUUCUCUGAUCUUAACAGUAAAAGCAUGCACUCAUCACUUAGCUGUGCUGAACAAAACGCUCAACGCAUUGGCGUAUGGUUUGAACACCAACUUCUUUAAUAAGUAAUCAAGAAAAAUACAUUAAUAAAAAAAAUGGGAUUUGAACCCAAUUUCCUUUAAAGACAUUGGGUGACAUUGGGGCACAAGGGGACACUGCUGUGCGCGCGCACACACACAAAAACCAAUGACAAGAGUGGAUUUGAACCCAUGAGCCGGUGGGACGGGACCAGAUCUUAAGCCAUUCAUUCAUUGGGGUGACAUUGGGGCCAUGAGCCACAGAGAAGGGUAUACGUGGACUUAAUUUAGGUUUGGGUUACCCACCCAAUAGAUA